AUGUUGUUGCUGUUCUCUUUUCAGAAAGAAGAAAAUUUAUCACCAACUCUUUUAACGCGAUUUUUAAUUAAAUUAUCGAUGAUGACGAAUCUGUUGAAGUGAGAAAAGACAAGAAAAAAGAUGUUCCAUUAAGGGAUUAGUGUGCUGUGUAAUCAUCAACAAGAAACCUCGUUGAUAUCAAUUGAAAAAUCGAAAUCUGAAUAAGGAAAAAUCUUUCGUCAUUAACAAUUAUGGUUUUAUUAACUGUUUGUUAUAUGGUUUCGACAGGAUUUCAAUCAUGGAGAUUGAGAUUGAUUUAUCAGAAGGUUCAUAAAGUGCUGGAUGCUAAGAAAUCUGUUGUCUUCCUAAAGACAUCCGAUGGAUCCAGUGCUGGAAUAACAGCGGCUCUUGCAACAUCAGAUCUUUGUGUCAAUUCAAGUGAAGCUGUUGUUGGUGAAUGCUUUUGGUCUAACGAUGUCUCACAAGGAAUUUCUGUGUCACCAAAACAAAUGAUCUUUAUGAAUCCUUUCGUAACUUUUCCUCAACCUCCGAGCUAUAUUCCUUUCAAAACAACUACCGAUGAAGCUCCAGGAAUAUACAAGGAUGAUGUCAUUUACACUUUGAUUGAAGCUGAUCUUAUCCAAGCUCCCGAAAAUCAACAAUCUCUUGAGAUCGAAACAUUUGGUAAGCUGAUAGCAUGGAAAGUUGAUACUCGACUUGCAAUUCUUUUGAAAACCGACUCGAGAAAAUUAUCGCAAAUGAUUUUAAGUACAUUCGUACAAAACAAUUACGCAAUCAAUGAUUCGUUGCCAUUAAUGAGAAUUCAAACAGUUGAAAUCGAAGGAGUUCCUCAAGAUUUUGGUGACAUUUAUAAUCAUUCGAGGAAAGAUCAUUUAACAUCGCAAGCUGAUGUGACGACGGAAGAAGAAUGGGAAAUUCAUCUUGAUGGACUUAGAAGUUUGAGUCGAUUAGCAAGUCAAGCUACGGAAUAUGAGCAAAAGAAGAACUUGACGGAAGGAAAGACUGGUAUCGUUCAACCAGAUCUUAUCUCAUCGAAAACUAUUGAGGAAAGUCUCUUGAAUACUGUAACAUCACCCGACACGCCAAAAAAGAAACUUUUAUCACUUGAAAAAACUGACGAGAAAAUUAAAGGAUUGAAAGUUGAAUUAAAACGUCAAGAAAUUCUCAAAUCGCCCAUCGCUCCAAAUUUACCGUCAUUUCCUGAACAAAAUGGCAGCAUUUCUGAUCAGAAGAAAAUUGAGGCAACAACUCCAGAGUCCCCAAAGUUUCCAACAGCAACUCCGUCAAAAUCACCCAAUGCGUCAAUUAAAAGUAAAAUUUCUAAUGAACCUCAAUCACCGAAAUUCCCAACAGGAUCACCAGCUAAAAUGCCAGUGUUUGCUGAAGAUAAGAAACCCAAAGUCGUUAAAGUUCAGCCAAAGGUUGAAGUAGAAAAAAAAUCGCCAAAACCUACGAUUAAAAAUGAAACAAAAAGUUUAAUUUCUGCUGAAAAAGAAGCUUCAUCUGUUGCCACAGCAAAUGUUGUUGAACCAAAAAAAUCUGAAGUUAAAUCGAAACCGAUAAACUUACCACCCAUAACAGCCGUUCCACCAAAGGUGACUGCACAAGAAAUUGCUAAAAACGCUCCACUUAUAAAACCAGCGACAACGUCACAACAAAAGAGACAAAAGUUGAUGUUAGCUAAGCCACCAAAUAUUCUCGUGUAUUCAGACAGCGUAACAACCAGAGACAAUGUCAUAAAAACUCUUGGAACGAUCUUAGAGAAGCACACGUACACAAUUUACCCCUUGAAUGCACAACAAGUUAGAAAUCAAAUUUGGUUGGAUAACACAACAUUGCUUGUUGUUUGUGGAUCAGUUAAUGGAUCUGACAUUGGUUCCAUUUUCCUGGAAUAUUUCUUUAAAGGUGGGAAGGUUCUUUGUUUGUGUUCAGAUUUAUUGGGACAUGUUUUGCCGACUUAUCACACAGCUGAGGUCCGUGAACAUGAACUUGUUCAAUUUUCUUAUGGGAAAUGGAAGAACAUUAAAAUGAUGCAUCACAUUUUCUGUUAUCAACCUUCGCCAAUCAAGAAGAACUUCUCACAGGAGAGUGAUGAACCACCAAUGGAACGUCCAUCGUCAGCGUCUGAAAACCCGUCUGUGGAGCUGAAGGAUCAAUAUGGUGUUGGACAUAACAUUCGCGUUCAAACUUUGGGCACUGAAGACACGUGGAAAACUCCAAGCCUCUUGUUGAUUUACACUGAAAAUGGAGGAAAAAUUAUUUUCUCACAGAUACAUUUAGAAGUUGAUCCAUCGUUGUAUGAAAAUGACGAACAAAAAUAUAAAGUUUUGAUGAGUAAUGAUGGAUUACGACAUGAAAUUUUCGGCGAUGUUCUCAGCUCACAUCUAGACUUGAAAGUCAAUUUGAAUGAUGAAAAUACACCAACGUUCACUAAAGGAUAUUUUCUAGGACGACAUGAAUUGAAAUUUGAAGUUGUUGAAGCAUUGAAAGAGAAGAUGGAAACACCAAACACGCUUAAACUUGAUGGAUUAACAGUGAAAUUCUGUGGUAAAGGAGAAGAUCCUCCCACACCCGACGCUCACUGUUUACCGAUAAUGAUGCACACAUGUCCCGACGACUUCUCAACUUUGGAUUAUUUUGAUUCUUUAAAAACUGAACAUAUUGGUCGACUUUUGGUUUAUUCAAAAAUUCUUACGAGUUCAUCGAUUCUUGUCGAUAAAAUAAAAUAUUGUCAUGGCUUUGCUGUAAUACCAAAGGAAUUGACACAAGCUUCAGGUCGUGGGAGUAACAAGUGGUUGAGUCCACCAGGAAGUUUGAUGUUCUCCCUUCAACUUCAUAUCCCAUUGAACAGUCCAUUAGGUCAAAGAGUUUCCUUGAUUCAACAUAUGAUUGCAACUGCAGUUGUUAUGGCGAUUCGCAAACUUCCAGGCUAUGAGGUAUUGGAACUUAAUCUUAAAUGGCCAAAUGAUAUUUAUGCGAAUUCUGAAGUUAAAAUUGGGGGAUUAAUCGUAAAUUCUAUAAUGGAACAAAAUAUUGUAGUGUGUAAUGUUGGUUUGGCAAUAAAUUUAUCAAACUCAACACCAACAACUUCCAUCAACGAUUUAAUUGAAAACUACAACAAAUCCCACUCUCGGCAACUUGCAGCACUUGGAUUUGAAAAAACUCUUGCGUUGAUAUUCAACGAGAUAGAAGAUAUAUUCAAUCAUAUUCAAACUGGGGAUUUUUCAUAUUUAUAUGAUCAAUAUUACAAAUUUUGGCUGCACAGUGGUUCAACAAUCAAAGUUUUGUCUUCAGAUGGAAAAGAGAAGAAAGCAAACAUUUUAGGUAUCGAUGACUACGGGUUCUUGAAAAUUCAAUUGGAAGAUUCAAAGGAGAUUGAAUCAGUACAACCAGAUGGGAAUUCGUUUGAUAUGCUUCGUGGAUUAAUAAUUCCGAAACAUAAAUAAUUUCUCAAACAGGAAGAGUUUAUUUUAGAAAUUUUAUGACUAGAUAAUGAUAACUGAGCAACUUUAACUAACGACUGAGGAAAUUUAUUAUUGCAACCUCUGAUUUCCACUUUUACUUAAAAUGAACUUAAAAGAAAAUAGAAAGUGAUAAACAAUCCAAAUUUUGGAAUUAAUUUUAAUUUCUCUUUACAAAAUUAAACAAAAAAUAUUCCUGUCAAAAUUUUAUGUAAUUAUUGAAAUCCCAUUAAAACUAUUUAUUACAUUCGGCAGACAUUAAGAAAGCACACAAAAAUAAUUCAUAUCGUUAAAAACAAAUUUAGAUCAAAUUAAAUUAUGUAUCUACAUAAACAAAUGUUUGAAUAAAUCCACAUUAUUCACUUUACCUUACCUUAAAAAGCAAUAAAUAAUUUGCUUCCGAUGUUCUGAUUGUUAUUACAUCACAUAAAUUACAAGCCAUCCUAAACCAUGAAGAAAUUCAAUGUUAACAUAAUUUUAUGUUCUUAGAGAAAAACGAUUUAUGAAAGAAAUUCUAAACAGUUUAGAUAGCGCAUAACGAAAUUGCCAUAAAUUCUAAUAUUAUGAAGAUAAAAUUCUACUUAUGUCUAUGCGUAUGCUGUUAGAUGUUGUUAUUGCUUAUGAAGAGAAAAUAUUUAUGAAAUUUAAAAAAUUCACCUUAACGAGAUCUGGUUGUGUGCUUUGUAUUCUUUUCACGCAAACAAAGGAAAAUUAUUUAACAAUCUUCAUUACUUACAUAGAUAUCUACAUGUGGGUAAAUAAAUGUUUCAUCAUAAUGGAAAAUAAAGAAUCUGCGAAAGCCUUUUCUUCCCAUAUUUCUUAAAAAAAUCCUUGGAUUAUUCAAGCUCCUUGAAAAUUUAAUGCAACAAGAAAAUUAUUCCCAGUGAAUUCAUCAAUCUCCCACUUAUCCUCUUAUUUCACAUCAAAACAUAAUAAAUUUUAAAGCUUUUUCAUUUGACUUUAAAAGAUAAAAAGAAAAUAUAAUAAAAUAAAAAGAUGAAAGG